AUGGCUGAACCUGAGGUGGCGGCCGCCGCAGCCGCGGCCAUGGAGACCGAGGCCCCGGAGGCGAACCCUAGCCUGAAGAGGGAGCGGGAGGAGGGGGACGACCCCGCCGCCGGGGCUGCGGCCGAGGAGGCGGAGGAGGCGCCGGCCAAGAAGUCAAAGGUGGAGGAAGAGGCGAAGAAGGCGGAGGAUGUCGCGGGGAACGGGGAGGAAGAGGGGGCCAAAGGAGAGGAAGGGAAGCCCGUCAAGCUGGGGCCGAAGGAGUUCGCCACGGCCGUCGACAUGUUCGACUACUUCUUCGCGCUGCUCCACUCGUGGUCGCCGAACCUUGAGUUCAAUAAGUACGAGCAGAUGGUGUUGGAGGACCUGGUGAAGAAAGGCCACGCUGAGCCCACCAAGAAGAUUGGAUCAGGCGUGGAGGCCUUUGAGAUCCGCAACCACCCGGUGUGGCAGAGCCGCUGUUUCUUCAUCCGCAGGGUCGAUGGGUCCGCUGAUGAUUUCAGCUUCCGCAAGUGCGUCGACAACAUACUCCCUCUCCCCGAGGACCUGAAGGCUGGCAACAAGAAUUCAAACGGCAAGAAGGGUCACCACCACAAGAACGGCGGUGGUAGAGGAGGACGAGGCGGCGGCGGCGGCCGUGGUGGAGGUGGCUUCCGUGGCGGUCGAGGCCGCGGCAGGCGGGGCAACUAG